AUGGGGUCGAUGAAAAGUGACGUCACAAGUGGAAGUGGGGACAAUGCAGACUCACGGGACAAGACAAGCCAGCUCACCAAAGCAAGCCGAAGAAGCAAGCUGAAAUAUUCUGGAGGCCUAGGCAAGCCGAGAAAACAAGCCGAAAAAAAACUAACAAGGCAAGCUAAGCAAGCAAGCUAA